GUUUCUCUACAACUAGUGCAUCCACGCGCAGGCAGGGUCCGGCCGCCGCGGCUGCCAUGGAUAUCAGCUAAAGCCGGGCGGAGCGGGCUCACCGGCGCUCCCCACCAGCUCGCAGCCCGCGGGGCCGCCGGCCGGCACAGCCGCGGCCGCUGCGCCCGCCCCGAGCCUGCCCGAGGAGCGCGGCUGCCCCGGGGAGUGGGGGCACAGAGGGAGGGGGGAGAAGCACAGACUGCAGGGCGGGAGUCGGGCAGAGCAUCCCCACGGCAAUGUCCAAGGGCUUGAAGAAAAAAAGCCACUGGACGAGCAGAGUCCACGAGAUCGUGAUCGUGAGGAACCCGGAGGGACAGCUGGGCUUCGAGCUGAAGGGGGGCGCCGAGAAUGGCCAGUUCCCCUACCUGGGGGAAGUGAAGCCCGGCAAGGUGGCCUAUGAGGGCGGCAGCAAGUUGGUGCCGGAGGAGCUGCUGCUGGAGGUAAACGAGACCCCCGUGGCCGGGCUCACCAUCAGGGAUGUGCUGGCCGUGAUCAAGCACUGCAAGGACCCCAUCCGCCUCAAGUGCGUCAAGCAAGGAGGCAUCGUUGAUAAGGACCUUCGUCACUACCUCAAUCUACGGUUCCAGAAAGGCUCAGUGGACCAUGAGCUCCAGCAGAUCAUAAGAGACAACCUCUACCUCCGCACGGUGCCAUGCACCACAAGGCCACAUAAGGAGGGGGAAGUCCCUGGUGUGGACUAUAUUUUCAUCACUGUUGAAGAUUUUAUGGAAUUGGAGAAAAGUGGUGCUCUCCUAGAAAGUGGAACAUAUGAAGACAACUAUUACGGCACUCCAAAGCCUCCAGCAGAACCGGCUCCGUUGCUGUUAAAUGUGACAGACCAGAUCCUCCCAGGCGCCACUCCCGGGGCUGAAGGCAAGCGUAAAAGGAAUAAGUCUGUGAGCAAUAUGGAGAAGACAGGCAUUGAACCACCAGAGGAAGAAGAGGAAGAAAGACCUGUGGUCAAUGGAAAUGACGUGACAGUAACACCAGAAUCGAGUGAACAUGAAGAGAAGAGUACAGCUGUCUCGGGUGAGGCAUCUACCACCCAGCCUUGUCCUGCACCAGGAUAUGGUCAGCCUGAAGAAGCAAAGGAGGAUAUGGAUGUAACAAAACAGACUAAACCUGAAGAGAAUGAUGACUUGGGCCCACUGCCUGAUAACUGGGAAAUGGCUUAUACAGAAAAGGGGGAAGUGUACUUUAUUGACCAUAACACAAAGACAACAUCAUGGCUGGAUCCACGACUUGCGAAAAAGGCUAAACCUCCAGAAGAGUGCAAAGAAAAUGAGCUUCCAUAUGGCUGGGAGAAAAUUGAUGAUCCCAUUUAUGGCACUUAUUAUGUUGACCACAUAAAUAGAAGAACUCAAUUUGAAAACCCUGUCCUAGAAGCAAAAAGGAAGCUACAGCAGCAUAACAUGCCCAACGCAGAACUUGGAACAAAGCCUAUGCAGGCCCAAGGUUUCCGAGAAAAACCACUCUUCACCCGUGAUGCAUCACAGCUGAAGGGGACUUUCCUCAGCACAACUCUUAAGAAAAGCAACAUGGGUUUUGGAUUUACCAUCAUUGGUGGGGAUGAGCCGGAUGAGUUUCUCCAGGUGAAGAGUGUAAUUCCUGAUGGGCCUGCAGCACAAGAUGGGAAAAUGGAAACAGGUGAUGUGAUUGUCUAUAUUAAUGAAGUUUGUGUCCUUGGACAUACUCACGCAGAUGUAGUCAAACUCUUCCAGUCUGUUCCUAUUGGUCAGAGUGUCAACUUGGUGCUAUGUCGUGGAUACCCUUUGCCCUUUGAUCCUGAAGAUCCUGCCAACAGCAUGGUGCCACCCCUUGCAGUAAUGGAGAGGCCUCCGGUAGUGGUAAAUGGAAGACAUAACUAUGAAACUUAUUUGGAAUACAUUUCUAGGACUUCUCAGUCUGUUCCAGACGUAACAGAUCGACCACCACACUCCUUGCACUCCAUUCCAGCAGAUAGUCAGCUUGAUAGCACAUUCCCACCACCUGCCCAUGAUGAUAAUGUAUCAAUGGCUUCUUCUGGGGCCACCCAAGCUGAACUCAUGACCUUAACCAUUGUGAAAGGGGCCCAGGGCUUUGGCUUCACUAUAGCAGACAGUCCUACAGGACAGAGGGUGAAGCAAAUUCUAGACAUUCAGGGAUGUCCUGGUUUGUGUGAAGGUGACCUCAUUGUUGAGAUCAACCAGCAGAAUGUACAGAACCUGAGCCAUGCAGAAGUAGUGGAUAUACUUAAAGAAUGUCCUGUUGGAAGUGAAACUUCUUUGAUUAUCCAUAGAGGAGGUUUCUUUUCUCCAUGGAAAACUCCAAAGCCUAUGAUGGAACGAUGGGAGAAUCAAGGCAGCCCUCAAACAAGUGUGUCUGCUCCAGCUAUGCCACAGAAUAUUCCCUAUCCACCCACUCUUCACAGGAGUUCAUUUCCUGAUUCAACAGAGGCCUUUGAUCCACGAAAACCUGACCCGUAUGAGCUGUAUGAGAAAUCAAGAGCUAUUUAUGAAAGUAGGCAACAAGUGCUGCCCAGGACUGGUUUUCGAGCGGAUUCCUCUGGUCCCGAUUACAAGGAGCUGGAUGUUCACCUUCGGAGAAUGGAGUCUGGGUUUGGCUUCAGGAUCCUGGGAGGAGAUGAGCCUGGGCAGCCUAUUCUCAUCGGAGCAGUAAUUGCCAUGGGCUCCGCAGACCGAGAUGGUCGUCUCCAUCCUGGGGAUGAGCUGGUGUACGUAGAUGGGAUCCCAGUGGCCGGCAAAACCCACCGAUAUGUGAUUGAUCUUAUGCAUAAUGCUGCCCGAAACGGGCAGGUGAAUCUUACUGUGAGGAGAAAGGUGCUACCCACAGAGUCCUCCAGCCAGAAAGGUGCCCCCGCGCCCGGUGCGACGCCCCCUCGCAGCUCCCCCAGCGCGAGGAAAAUGGCCAAUAACCAAGGAGAACCCUGCCCAGAGAAUGGCAGAAGCCCAGGCUCGGUGUCUACACACCACAGCUCUCCAAGAAGUGACUACACGACCUAUGCCAACAGCAACCACGCGGCCUCCGGCAGCAGCGCCACUCCCCCCGAGGGCUUCGCGUCGCACAGCCUGCAAACCAGCGACGUGGUCAUCCACCGCAAGGAGAACGAAGGCUUCGGCUUCGUCAUCAUCAGCUCCCUCAACAGGCCCGAGUCUGGCUCCACAAUAACUGUACCCCAUAAAAUAGGGCGGAUAAUUGAUGGAAGCCCUGCGGAUCGCUGUGCAAAACUUAAAGUUGGAGACCGGAUCUUAGCUGUGAAUGGCCAGUCUAUUAUUAACAUGCCUCAUGCAGAUAUUGUGAAGCUAAUUAAAGAUGCAGGUCUCAGUGUAACUCUUCGCAUCAUUCCUCAGGAGGAGCUGAACAGCCCAGCCUCGGCCCCCAGCUCGGAGAAGCAGAGCCCCAUGGCCCAGCAGCACAGCCCCAUGGCCCAGCAGAGUCCCCUGGCGCAGCAGAGCCCCGUCGCCCAGCACAGCCCCGUGGCCCAGCCGCCACCUCCACAGCCCCUCCAGCCCCAGGGACACGAGAACAGUUACAGGUCAGAAGUAAAAGCCAGGCAGGAUGUGAAGCCUGACAUCCGGCAACCCCCGUUUACAGACUACAGGCAAUCCUCCACGGACUACCGGCAGCCCCCGCUGGACUACCGGCACCCGCCGGUGAUGGAUUACCAGCAGCCACCGCCGCUGGACUACAGGCAGCCCCCGCUGAUGGACUACAGGCAGCACUCCCCUGACACCAGGCAGUUCCCCCUGUCCGAGUACAGGCAGCCCCAGGACUUUGAUUAUUUCACCGUUGAUUUGGAGAAAGGAGCCAAAGGAUUUGGGUUUAGUAUCCGAGGAGGAAGGGAGUACAAAAUGGAUUUGUAUGUGUUGAGGUUAGCAGAAGAUGGACCAGCAGUAAGAAAUGGAAGGAUGAGGGUAGGAGAUCAAAUAAUUGAAAUCAAUGGAGAAAGCACAAGGGACAUGACACAUGCCAGAGCAAUAGAGCUAAUCAAGUCUGGUGGCAGAAGAGUGCGACUGUUGUUGAAACGUGGAACAGGCCAGGUCCCAGAAUAUGGAAUGGUACCUUCCAGUCUCUCCAUGUGCAUGAAAAGUGACAAGCAUGGGUCCCCAUAUUUCUACUUAUUGGGCCACCCUAAAGACACGACGAGCCAAACUCCUGGAGUGCUCCCUCUGCCACCGCCCCAGGUCUGCCGGAAGUAGCUCUUUCCCUCGACGACAUAAUCUCACCAUUAUCUUCAUCACACAUAGCCCCACCCUCUGACCCUUCUCACCAGAUAAGCCCAGAACCAACAUGGGAUAUCAAGAGGGAACACGAUAUAAGGAAACCAAAGGAGCUUUCGGUGAACGGUCACAAAAAGAAAAGGUUAGGAGAACAAAGAGAAAGGUCAGCAAGUCCUAAAAAGGUAGACAGGUCAAAGCACGAAGAGGCUUCUUGGAAAGGAUAUUCAGGAGGCAAAAGUAAGACCACUGAUGGUGGCAGGCCCACCUCAGAAAGCAAAGCGGUGGGACACAGCGUUAUGAUCGAGGCUGGCGCAAGAGAGCACGUGUGUGCUGGAACCAGUGAUGAACAGUUUGGGAGGCUGAGGAAGCCAGAAAGCAAGAGAGGAGGAUCUCUUAGCAAAAAAGAUCACAGAUCCACAAACACCUGUGAGAAGUCAGCUGCAGCACCCGACCAUGUCAAGACCGAUACAGGAGCUACCAAGACUUACAGUAGCAACCGCUGCAGCUCGCCUGGAAGUGAUAUGGACCACAGCCAGAGGGACCCUGAUGGGAAACCCAGCGAGUUCCCCAGGAAGGGACAUCUCCACUCCAUUAGCACUCGCAGCACCAACACCACAGUUCGAAAGGCAACGGUCUCUCCAGGGCCGUGGAAAAUCCCUGGCUCAGAUAAGCUACCAAGCGUCCUGAAGUCUGGUACUUCUGCCAUGAGCAGAUAAGCAAGGGACUGUUGCCCUCUAACUGUCUCAAACUGACGCAGAACAUUCUUCUUAGUUUUUGUCUCACAUUGGUUUGUUUUAAUUUAUUUUAACUAUCACACAUAUACACAAAGCAUUGAGGAAUGAAAACAUUAGUGUGUAAUUCCAUGACAAUGUGCACAGUAUCUAAUAAGUUCAAAAGCAUAUAGUCAACACAGAGAUUUAAAAUCGACCCUAAAGUCCCAGUUCCAUUUUAGGGACUUUGGCAGCUAUGGAAGAAACCAAAACAAUAUGAAGGACAGUACAUCAGAGAAGGAUAGUGCAGUGUAGCUUUAGCAUUUUUUUCCCACUGCAUGAAGGACUUGGAUUUCAUUCAAACUUUAUAUCAAGAAACUGGAACAAGUUAGAGCAAUCACAAACUGGAACAUCGCCUUAAAUAAAACUGCACGGAGCAAGCUGAAACCGAGAGAGGAUCUUUUCAUGGAGCUAAAAUGUUGUAAAUAAAUUGUUCUCGACAUAUCUAGACAGGGGUUAAAGGGUUUCUUUAAAGCAUCGUUCGGAACUGUACACCCAUGACACGUCUCCACUGUUAACGCUUUGGGAUAGUCCACGUGGUACCCUGUAGAAUAGUUCACUGGGUGCUACGGGAGGAAUGGGGAAUCUGGUGGAUAGUUUCUGUGAUACCAUUUCUACUGCCAUUUUUGUGAACAAACCAUGUUUCUGUACAUUGGAAAGGAGUUAAGGUGGAGUUGUAUUUGCAAAUUAUUCUCAAAAGUGAUUUAUUACAGGUUCCCCAAGUCCUGCGAGGUAGCACACAAACCAAUUGGUCAGGCUCAAACCCCAGGCAUCUGCAAGGCCCUUGCAAUGAAAGGAAGAGUGCUACAGAGAAAAAGCUGCAGUUUCCUUAAGGAAAGGCCUUUCCUUCCUGCAGAAGAUGAUAGCAUCACUUAUCAACAGUGCUAUGUUUCAUACCCAUCUGCAUUUACUUAGGACACUUUCACCUCUCAUCCCCUCAGUUUGGCAGAGCAGGUGCCUUUCAGGCACAUGUCAACAAUAAUUAGACUGGUUUCUGAAAUACAGUCGUCAGUGUCCUCAUUCACUAAAUUCAGUAUUUUUCCAUUUUUAAAAUGGUUUCCAUUUUACCAUCUUUUCCCUAUCGCCGUUUUUUUCUACAUUUUGUUUUUAUCUUUCUUGCUUGUCUGUUUUGAAUUUUAAGCCUUAAGUGCCAGGUAAACAUUCCAGUCUGCCUUCACAGGAAAUAACUCCGAGUUCAGUCAAUCAGUCAUUACCUUGUUUCAAACAGAUGUGUGUGUGUCUGUGUAAGUGUGCGUAUGCUUAUUCGUCUGUCAAAAUUAAAACAAAAUCCUGGGCAAUAAUACAUUGGUAAUUAAAAAAAAAAUCGUAAAAGCUAAGUACUGUCAAAGAUUCAUAUUUAAAAAUUACUGUUCACUAGCAAUCUUAGUUCCUCACACGCUCUGCUGAAAAACUAGAUUGAGAUUGGCUUUGUUCCAAGAAAUUAGCACAUUACUGUAUGUCUCAAACAUUGCACUGGACUGCGAAAUUUAUAGACAUGUUUCUUCCUGUCCAAUUAUUUGAAAAGCCUCAAGUCAAGGAUUUUGCAGCUUUCAAACAUUUUUUUUUAAGAAAGAAAAAUCCAUUUAUAAUUUCUAAAAAAGCACAAAUCCAUGUAGCUGUUUAUAAAACUCUUAUUUAAUGGAAAAAAAUAUCUUUAUCCCCUGAACUAGAAUCCAAUAUAAUUUGCCAUUAAUUUAUUGAAUCUGAUUUUGGACAAUGCUUCUGUAGUGUAGAUGCACGUCCCAGUAUCUUAUUUUUAUGUAUAAAGAAAGCAAACAAUGAAAUCUGAAAAACAGUUGAGAUUAUGCUUGCAUAAACUCUAAUUUGCACAGUUCACAGCUACUCCUUGUGCAGUAAUUGCUUUAUGCGGCUGUAAUCGAUAACCUGUGAAGACAGCACAUCAUCUAAACCCCAUUCCAAAUAAUAUUUCUGUGUAGUGUUAGCUGUGAAUUUACCUUGUACAGCUCUAUCUCUAUAAAUAUAAUUCCAUGUAUUAAUAGUCACAGAAAGGCUGUAAGUGAGCAACUAUUUUUAUGAAACGCACCACUAUGGAUAAAUUAACUUUUACAGAAAUCUUGUUUACUGUAUGAUAUUCUAAACCACUGUCAAAUAAAAUAUAUAUCCAAAAA